AUGAUGAUGAAAAAAUCUUUUAUAUAUCUCAUUAAUCAAGACAAUUUUAAUGAAAAAUCAUUAUUAAAAAGUGAUUUAUACCCAAUACCUGAAGAUGAAGAUGUUAAUGUGUUUCAAGGAUAUACUUUUCUUGAAUUAUGUUGUUAUCAUGGAGCAUCACAUUGUUUCAAGAUUUUAAUAUCAGCAUUGAAUGUAGAAAUCACACCUAUUUGUCUUCAAUUUUCAUUUUUAAGUGGAAAUCCUGAAAUUAUAUCUGAAUGUCUAAAAGAAAUAGAUCCUAAUGAAAAAUGCAUGCAUUAUGCAAUUAUUGCACAUAACACUAAUUUUAUAGAGUAUUUGGCGAAUAAUUAUGGUCUGAAUAUUGAUUUAGAUUGCUGUGCGACGCAUUUUAACAUACAAGCAUUGAUUAUCUAUUUAGAUCAAACCAAAAGAGUCAACAAAACGUUUAUUUAUUCGCCCAGAUUUCAUUCUUUAGAUCUUGUUAAAUAUUUUAUCGAUGCUGGAGCUGAUAUUAAUGCAAUAGAUGAAAUGGGAGUGACUGCUCUAUGCAAUGCAUCAAUAAAUUCUAGUGUUGAGAUUUUUGAGUAUCUUAUAUCAAAAGGGGCAAAUGUCAAUGCUAAAACUAAUGAUGGAAAUUCACCACUUCAUUUUUGUGUGGAACAAAGUAGACUGCAAUUUAUGGAAAUCCUUAUUUCUCAUGGGGCCGAUGUAAAUGCACGAAAUGAUUUAGGAAAUUGUCCGAUUAUGACAGCAUUGGAUACAAAGAAUAAAGAAAUUGCAAAAUAUCUCAUUUCUCUUGGAGCAAAAGUGAAUGUUCAAAACAAUUUAGGAUUUAGUCCACUUCACAUUGCAGUGAUAAACAAUUAUAUUGAGAUAGUAACAUUAUUAAUAAUAAAAGGUGCUGAUGUUAAUGCGCAUGAUAUGUGUAAUAAAACACCAAUUAUGUAUGCAAUUGAGAACUGCAACCUUGAAAUGAUAAAAUUUCUUUUAUCAAAACAAGCAAUUGUUAACGUUUCAGACAUAUAUGAAACUAAUGCUUUUAAUAACGCAGUUGUUAAAAACAAUAUAGAUGUAAUAGAAACAAUUAUAUCUCUUGGUGUGGAUAUCAAAUCAAGAGGUGCCCAAGGAAAAACUGCACUUCAUAUGGCAGCACAAAAUAAUAACAUAGUAGUCGCUGAAUAUCUUAUUUCUAAAGGUGCAAAAGUUAAUUCAAAAGAUGAUUUAGGGAAAGCGCCACUACAUUAUGCAGCGCUAUUUGGUGGCAUAGACUUAAUUGAAUUCCUUGUUUCACAUGAUUCUGAUGUCAAUUCAAAAGAUGAUGAUGGAAAAACUCCACUUCAUGAUUCGAUAUUAUCCUUCAAGUUUGAUGAGAAAGUUGCCGAAUUUCUUUUAAUCAAUGGUGCUGAUAUUAAUGCGAAAGAUAAUAAUGGAAUGACACCGCUACAUUAUGCAGUACUUAAUAAUAAGAUUGAAAUGACAAAAAUUCUACUCACUCAUGGAGCAAAUGUUAAUGCCAAGAAUAUAUUUGAUAUGACACCUUUAAAUUAUUCAAUUAAUGAUGAAUUAUCAAGUAUUCUUAUCUUGAAUGGUGGAAAACGUGAUGAGGAUCCUGUUUUGUGA